AUGGUCGAUAUCAAAAAUUACCUCAACGAACCAGACUCCCCAGAGGCGCCCCUUUACGUUGACGGUAAUGCAUAUGAUUUCGAUUGGUCUCUGACUGGGGAUGGUGCAUUGAUCAAACAGGAAUUGCCAUCAUUUGACCAUGCUCUCUAUUUGAUGAACACCGUCAAAUUCCACAUGGCCCAGCUUUACCAUCUGUUUGACGAGACCAUCUUCACCGAACACUUACGUCAACUCUACGGCCCCUCUCCUCCAGAAACAGCAGAGUUUGGGCUUUGGUACAUUCAAUAUCUACUCGUUAUUGCUUUAGGUAAAACCUUUCUAGUCCAAAGGACAGCAAGAGAUCCCCCACCAGGUGCAAUAUUCUUCGCUCGGGCGAUGAAACUUCUUCCAGAUAUCAAGGGUCUUUACGAAGAUACUCUUAUGUCUAUCGAAAUACUUUGUGAGAUCUCCUUGUAUCUCCAAUUCAUUGAUCAUAGGAACAGUGCCUAUGUUUAUCUCGGGAUUGCGCUUCGUAUUGCGUUAACACAAGGUCUUCAUCGAGAGGUGGACAUGGACGAGUCAACCGGAUCAACUGCCCGAUAUCGGUCUGUCUGGUGGACGCUGUAUAUUCUAGACCGAAGAUUUUCCUCAUUGAUGGGAGCCCCAGUAUCCAUACACGAUGCAGAUGUGACGGUAACCUUGCCUCAUCCGGGGGACUUAUCUCAAGGAUACGAGGCAUUGGCCAUGCACGUCAAACUAUCGCGUGUCAUUACAAGUGUCCUCAAUUCGGUAUAUGGAUUGGAUGGAAGAUUGAACCUAUCCUUUGUCAAACACAUUCAAGAGGUGCUUCUCACCUUGGCCAACCUUGCACCAGAAUUGGAAACCCAUUUCGGUCUCACAAGCUCCCGCGCUGAACCAAUAUCCAGAGUAGCUGGCACACUGAACCUUUGCUAUCAUCAGUGCAUUGUGCUAGCGACUCGACCCCUGCUUGUCUACCUCUUGUUCGACAAACUUUCGAAUCCCUCUAGUAAUCGUACAGUCACCAGUUCAAUCAAAGCCCUGACCAAAGCCUGCUUUGACUCGGCUGAAAAGUCACUUCGUAUCCUCUCUGCUCUACGUUCACAGGAUCUACUUGAGACUUUUCAUCCAUUCGAUAUUGAUAGCGCCCAAUCUUCCGCGUUUGUUUUGCUUCUAAUAAAAACAAUUGACUCUAAUGGCAGCACAGACAACAGUAUGCCACACAUUGAGUACGCAGAGUAUAUUCUCGACACAAUGAUUCAAAGAGGCUCAGUUCCCGCAAAGCAUCGCAGUUCCGAGCUGAAAGUACUACAAGAGCUCUUGAGACUUUUGGAAAAUCGAACUGCCAGAACAGACCCGGCCCAAUCUGUAAACUCUGUGGAAAAGGAUAGGGUUCCGCAAAACCACGUCGCCAACGGGGACAUUGUCACUGAGCAAGGUCUCGACGGAGCCUCAUUUUCGCAGUAUGCAAAUGCGAUGGGGGAUACCGGCUUGUCUCCCGAUGAAAUGCUCGAAGUUGCGCGUCUAUUGGAAUGGGGCAAUACAUUUCCCGAAGCAUCUAUGACAAUGCCACAAGAGCAGCUGUGGGAUAUUUUUGGCGAUACUGUUUAUGAGUAA